GUUAAAUUUUAAUAAAUCAUGGCUUCAUUUAAAAAAUAAUAAUAAAAGACAUAAGUAACAUAAAAAAAGAAGGUCAAAAGUGAAUUGACUGAUGAUUAGAAAUAAGAAAUUAAAGAGGCUUUUGAUUUAUUUGAUACUGAUCGUUCUGGAGCAAUAGAUUGUCAUGAAAUUAAAGUUAUUCUUAGAGCAUUAGGAUUUGAAGUUAAAAAAUAAGAAGUAUAAGCAUUGAUGAAAGAAUAUGAUCGUGAUGAAACUGGUCGUAUUGAAUAUAGUGAUUAUAUAGAAUUAAGUAAUAUGAAUAAUUCAAAUUUUAGUGACUAGAAAAUAUUGUGAAAGAGAUCCUUAAGAUGAAAUAUUUAGAGCAUUUAAAUUAUUUGAUGAUGAUAAUUCAGGUAAGAUUACUUUAAGAAAAUUAAAGAAAGUAUCAAAAGAAUUAGGAGAAACUUUGAGUGAUUAAGAAUUAUAAGCUAUGAUAGAUGAAUUUGAUAAAGAUGGUGAUGGAUAAAUUAAUAUAGAUGAAUUCCUUAGCAUCAUGAAAUAAACAACUAUUUAUUGA